CCAAUGAAUUUUUUAUAUACAACACUUUACUCUUUGGAUGAUAUUUUACUUGCUCAUCAGCAAGAAGCUGCCAAUUGUCAAUCAUUUCUUAGCCGUCCCGUUCGCAAAUUUGUACUUGAAAUCGUUUUAAAGUUGGAACAAGAAGAAAUUCCUCAAACACCACUUGGAAGAAAUCCUGUUGGAAAAUUGUUAACCUCAGAUUUUAUUCAAUUAGAUCAUCAAAUGCCACCAAUUAAAUUUUGUCGAACUCUUGUAGAGAGAAUUGUUCAAGCUAGCACUUAUACGCACCAACCGCCUUCUUUUGUUCAUUCUGAUUGGAGAUUUGCUGAAUUUCCACCAGCAGCACAAGCAUUAACUAGCGCCUGGGUAGAAUUACUGGCUUCUCGACAUUCACCGGCUGAUAUAAUUGAUGCUCUCGUUCAAUUAGCAAUACGUAGACCAAUAUCUCGACCUCAAGACACUUUAAAUGCUCUAGGUUUACUACUAACAGGAUUGCCUUCAUCUUUCCAGUCCGUCUUUUUGGAUAAAAUUGAGCAAUCUUUUGAUUGGGAACAAAUAUCUAAAAUUAAUUCUGAUCCAUCCCAAUUAUUUGAAUCUCUUUCAAACGAAGUUUAUUUACAUUCUGAAAGUAAAAUUCUUUCAAUGUUGGCACUCUUUCAUUCAUUUUGUCAGCACGGAGGGAAUAAUUCUUUAAAUAUUAUACCUGAUUUAAUUGUUCAAAGAUUAUCUAAAAAAGUGAAAAAUGAAGCACAAUUAAUUUAUUUUUUGAGAAUUGUAAUGCCUUAUUUACAAAGAAUUACAGAAAGGGAAAGACAUAGACACAUGAUUGAGAUUUUAUGGAAUACAACAGUGGAACCUUCUUCUCUUUUAUUUAUUGUAACAAUUUAUAAAGUUCUUGGUAAUUUAACACAAAAAGUUGGAAAAUUAAAAUAUGAAGAUACAAUUUGUGAUUUAUUAUAUCAAUUUAAAUAUAUGUUUGUUGGUUAUACAUUGAAAGACCAAAUUGAAGAAACUAUAAGCUCUUUUCCUGAAUCUAUGCGUGAAAAGCUCAAAUUUCUUUUAACACAUUCUAGUGCUGCUGCAUCUGAAAUACAACAACAACAAAUGCAGCAAAUUAUUCAGCAACAACAAAUUUUGCAACACCAAUCUUCCUUUGGCAAUUUAUUACCAGGAAUUCCAAAUGCAGCAGCUAUGUUUGCUGUACAUCAACAACAGCAGCAACAACAACAGACUCUUCAACAACAAUCUUCUUUUGAUUUACAACAACAGCAACCACCUUCCUCUACCCCAGCACUUGCAGGAAUGCUUAGACGUUUAAGUCAUCCAGAAAGCGAUUCAGCCUUAAUAAUGCAACAAUAUGGAGGCAUUCCAAAUCCUUCUUUAAGCUCUCAUGGAGAGCUUGGAAGUAAUUUAAAUCUACAACAACAACACCAAAUGUCCUCUUAUCAGCAUUCACAUUUCCCUUCUUCUAGUAAUUCAAUAAAUCCAAUGAUGGGAGGAAAUAUUCCUGGUACUUCAAUGUCAUCCUUUACUUCAAUACCUAGUAAUUCAAAUACAAAUCAAGGACUUCAACAACAACAACAAAUUGUUCCUCCCCCACCUCCAUAUUCUCAACAACAAUCAACUUCUAUGGGAAUGAUGCCUAGUAAUUUUUUAUCCCGUUUUUUUCUUAAGAAUAGGAAAUUAAAGAGGUUUUCUUCCUUCCGUUUCCGGUUUUUAAAAAUUUGGCAGGGCCUAUUCUCUCAUAAAAAAAUAUUUUUUUUAUUUUCAGCCUCUACUCCCUUCUCUGGUCACCAAAUACCUUCAUCCUCAUCUAGUAAUAUGCAUUACAUGAUGGGACCUGGCCCUUCUAAUUUUGGACAGCAAGGUCCACAACCUUUUAUUAAUUCAAAUCAAAUGACCCCCAACCAAAUGAGUUUUGCUGCUUUUCAACAACAACAACAAAUGGCAGCACAAAUGUCUGCAAGUCAACAUCAUGGUGGUGGUCCUCCUGUUAAUUUAAUGGGUGGAGGACAACAACAAUCAACUGCUGGAGGAGGAGGAAGUCAAUUACCUCCAAAUUUUCCUUCUGGAAGUCAGGGGGGAUUUUAA